AGCGAAGUGGUGUGGCGGCCAGGUCAAAUUACGGAGAACAGUCCAUGUCCCUGAUGAUGUCGGAACCGGGGGCAGAGCGUCAUGUCCACGAGUAUAGCACGUAGUGUCUCUCGACGGGAACUGUGAUGAUUAGAGUGUGAUUUUUGUGUCGAGUGAUGGAUACCCCUUCAGGUGGGGGAAGAGAUUCCCGUUUUAGCAUGGGCUACAAUAUUUCCCUUUUGAGCGGCGAGACGACACCGGAAAUAUAUUCGAACGCCGUACACAGCAGGCCGUCGACUUCGAUCACGUCGGGCCUGUCCCGGUCGUCGAUGUCGCUCACCGGCUCCUGCGCCUCGCAGAACAUGCAGCGCGGCAUGAAGAGGGCCUCGUCCGACGUCUGCUACGACCAGGACGGCAGGCAGAUCGCCCUCUCCAACGACUGCGGAUCGGACAUCGUCGACGACGUCUUCUCGCCCGCCCCGCAGAAAGGCUCGCCGCCUUCCAACGGGAAAAAGACGAAAGGACGAGUCAAAAUCAAAAUGGAAUACAUCGACAACAAACUGAGGAGAUACACAACUUUCUCCAAAAGGAAGACUGGGAUCAUGAAAAAGGCGUACGAACUGUCGACGCUGACAGGUACGCAGGUGAUGCUGCUCGUCGCCUCUGAGACUGGUCACGUGUACACAUUUGCGACAAGAAAGUUGCAACCGAUGAUAACUUCAGAGGCGGGGAAGGCCUUGAUCCAGACCUGCCUCAAUUCCCCCGACCCGUGUCCUUCGGGUUCCGGAGGCGACCAGAGGAUGUCGGCGACAGGGUUCGAGGAGACCGAGCUGUCCUACAACAUCGCCGACGAGGAACAAAAAGUAAGACAGUUGGUUUACAGCGGCGGAACGGGUUUGAUGCAGCAAAGCGGCGGCCCGCAGCACGGCCAUCACGUCAUGGGCCAAACCCACCAUCCUUCCUCACCCCAUCAUCACCACCUGAUGUUACAUCAGUCGUCGAGUCAUCUGAUCCCUUGCUCGAGCCCUAGCGGGUACCAGCAAGCUUGUCCUUCUCCUUUACCCCAUUACCCUCCGCACCCUCACAUGUCCCACGCUCACCCGCAACGCUGACCGCCCAUUCCGCCGCCAAAAGUUGGCAUGCCACAAACACGUUUUUUUACCACCUUUUUUUAUAUGUCUCAAGACACAAAAACCUGCACACUUUACGCACUUACGGGGAAACUCAUGUACAUACGUAAUUCCUAGUAGGUUUACAAUUGUUUUAUUGUAGAUACUUGUGUACGUUUAAAACAAACGGAGUUGGUUUUAUUUAUACUCAAUUCUUGUUUUUAAAUAUUUAUUGGAAAUAUUUUUGACGAGAAAACCAACCCGUAUUUAUUUUCAAACCAAAUUAAAAUUUUAAGCAGUAGCGAAGCAUUAACAAAAUAAAUUACCAAAGGUUUUCGAUGCAUCAGUCACGUUAACAUUGUUUUUUACAGAUUAAUUUUUGAAAAUCAAUAAAACAAAUUUCUAUGGGUAAACGUUUCCAGAAUGUAAGAAGAAAACUUUAGGCAUUGAGUACAGUCAAAUUCUGUGAAAAUAUUACGUAUAUUAAAUAGUACCGAAAAACAAAGAAAUAUUGAAAGAUUAAUUUUAAAUAAUAUCAUCAAAUUUACGUAAUUAAAGUAAAUUAAACUAAAUACUAAUUCUACUCUCGCCUAUUCAAAAUUCUAAAAAGAUUCAUAUCGAUUGAUUGUUAAGUAUAUAUAUUAUUCAUUAUCACCUUGUGGGUAUUUGAAUGUUUUUGAUAAUAAUUGAUUACAGCUUUUAUUUUUUAAAGUAAUUAGUAUUGCAUUUGGAAUAAGAAAACUAGCGAUAAAAUAUUUUUUUAUUUAUCGUUAAAUAUCAAUAUCACAAAUUGAUUGUUAUUUAUAAAUGUUCAUUUUAUAAUAAGGACAUCUAUAUUAUACACGAAUAUAAAAUAGAACGUUUUACCUUUUUUUUUUUUUGCAUAAGUAUGAUUAUUUUGCAGAAUUUGAUUUGACUGACGACCCAAAGUUUGAAUCUUUCUUUCGGAGACUCCUUGUAUUUAUUUAAUUUACAAAAUUGGGGAAUUAUUGGAACAAGACAUUCCAAAAUCACACAUUUAGUCAAUAUGGUGUAACAAAGAUUUGCAACAAAUGCCAGGCCCUUUUAAAAAUCAAAUAUUGACCAUUUUUAAAUUAAAAUGUUGCGAAAUUAUUUAAGAAAAAACUUUUUCAUUACUGUUUUUUAUAUAUAUUUUUUUGUUUUUAAAUGUAAUUGUUGAUUUUGGUGCAACAGUUUUAAUAAAGAAAAUAACCACAAAUUUGGCAUAGAGGUGUCUGGUAGGUUUUAUCAUUUGUCUUUACGUUACACCCUAAAACUUUUAAUAAUUAAAGAGGUAGCAAAUGAAUAAUGAAUUUUAAAUCUUCUUCGUUUACUACCUCUGAACACACUGUACAAAGCUGUACGAGCUAUAAGUGUAAUAAACUAAUUGUAAUAUAUAAAUUAAUAUAAACAAUUAUUAGACAAAAUUUUUUUUGACUAAUGGAGGGACAGUCUUUAAACAAAUCUCUUCUAGUUGUAACUAAAUAUAUAUAUAUGUAUAUUGUGUUCAACAUGUUUUUUCUUUUCUUUUUUUUUAAGUGAACAUAUUUUAUUUAUUGUUAAGUAUAGUAAAAAGUCUAUAUUAGACAAUGGGAAUGUAAAUUUUUUCAACAUAACUAGUUUGUUUUGUGUGUUUAAAUUAUCAUUGUCAGGAUUUAUUGUCCUUGUGCGACUUAUGUGAUCGAGUGACAUGAUUUUUUUCAUUUAAAAUUUUAUGUUUUUAUUUAUUUAUUUUGUUGAUUUUAAGGCGUUCAUUGUGUGUUGUAACUAUCACUUUAUUUAUGUUGGCCUGCAUUUUAUUUCAAUGAUCUCUGAUAAAAUGUGGGCGCUAUUAUUAUUAUUUUAUUAUUUUUGUUUUACUUAAAUAUUUUAUUGUGGAGCGUAAAUAGUGCACGAAUCUCCUGAAGUCAGUAUUUAUUGUGAUAGUUGCACUUUGUAUGAAUACUUUUGUAAAUAGGACAACAACGUUGUGAAGAAGACUUCGAACAUCUAGUGUCCAUGACACAAAAAUUAAAAAAAAAAGGGUAAUAUAACUAACUGUUUGUUUUCAAUAAUAAAAUGACGAUAUAUAUACAUA